GUCCGCAACCGCCCGCUCCUCACAACAUAGCCCCCCCCCGGCAGUCGUGAACCAACAGACCAGAAAUGUGCUCUCCCUCCGUGGAUCCGAUUCAGCUUUUUCCUGAACGUACUGAAGACAGUUGAUUUAUGAAAGCGAGCACAUUUGAUCCACUCUUUGAGUACUGAGAGGAAGAAAUUGUCGAGGGGAUCAACACCUGCGCGAGUGAGCGAUCGAGCCCGCUUUGACAGGCAGCCAGCAGCGUGUGGGAAUGGCAGCUCCGCGGCCGAUAAAAGGCAUCCUAAAGAACAAGAAUGACACCGGCAGCGUUCAUCCUGCGCCUGGCGAAUUUCUGGGAGAUAAACCGGAACAAACUCCCGGACUUUCAGAUGAAGACCAGCAAAAGAAAUCCCAGAAGUGGGAUGAGAUGAAUAUUCUGGCAACGUACCAUCCAGCAAACAAAGAUUAUGGCCUGAUGAAGAUAGAUGAGCCCAGCACACCUUAUAACAGUUGGACGGUGGAUGACGAGGAGGAGGUGGCCUUGAACAACUCGAAAGCUUGGAUUGCACUCCAAGUGAAUGACAUAACAACAAGGCUGAAAGCAGCAGAAGGCUCUGAAUCUCGAUUUAUGCAAGAGGAGCAAGAGGAUAGCAGUGAAGAAGAAGAAGAAGAUGAAGAAGAGGAGGAGCUCUCACCUGAAGAACAAGCAAAAAAAAAACAUUUUCAAAUGAUGAGGAAGAGGCACUACAAUGAGGCCCUCAAUAUCAAGCUGGCUCGACAGCUUAUCGCCUGUGAGCUCGAGGAUGAGGAGAUGAGGAACGCACAGGAGAAGGCAGAGGAGAUCAUUGUUGACCCACCACAGGAAGCUGAGUCUUUGGACUAGUGGAUGAGGUGUCUACUCCCGCUUCAGUGUGUGUCGGCUUGCCACGCUGACAAUCGACAUCACUGCGUCGCCUUUUCAACAAGCAGCCACUGCUUCACCCAUUUAACACCCCUAAACAGCCAGUAACCUUCAAUUCACCUCCCUCUACGAGUCCAAAAAGUGCAAUCGAACCCUCUAACCUAGUUAAAAAAAAAAAAAAAAAAGUAAAACCUGAUGUUAUUUAGGUCCCCAACUCCUUGCCUCCCUUUUCACUGAACUGGCACUGAACACACUAAAUAUCAUACGAAUGUGAAAGGAAUUGAAGGUCUUUGAGGGGGAAAAAAGAUGUGACUUCCCACGCUACAGGCCUAAGCGCUAGAAGAUGACUGUGCUUGUACUGGCUCAGUGCAGAUGGACAUUGAAUCUGUGACUCACUGCUCUGGUUUGUUUUUAUAUUGUUCACAGUUUUAAUUUGACAUCCAUAUUUACUAGAUGUUUGUGCUGCAAUGUCAAACAGUAAGUCGAAAUGUGUUUUUCUUAGAGCAAAUCAACACAGAUUUUUUUUUCUUCCUCUUUACACAGGACCACACCUCACCUAUAAUUUUCAGAACAAUAAAUCUUGAUCCUCUUGAGUGAAAGCAUUUUCCAAACACUGAAAAAUAUAACAUUGUGGGUUUUUUUAAAACAGCAAUUUUCAUUAUAAUUAAAAAAAACAAAACAUCCCUACGCCUUGGUGAUAUGCAUAAAAGCCAGGACUGACUAAAGUUACAGCUCUCUGUUGUUCAUGGGUGGAGUAAUAAUGUUAUCUAACAUACAAGGACGCAGCAGUUUAAUAUAAAGUACGGAUGGUGGAUGAGCACAUGUUCACAGGAUGGUGACGUCAGAGGAAAUAUUUUACUUUCCAAGAAUCCUCUGCCAGCUUGAAGACAACCAAUGUUUUCUGUGCAUUUGUAAUUUUGACUUUCCAUCAUUUCAUCAUACAGCAUUUAAGUUCAUUUUAAUGAGGAGCACCCAAUUAAAACGCUUACUUGAGUUUGUGCUUUGGUAAUAAAUAAUUUCCAUGUUAGAGAAAAUAACAAUGACAGAUGAAUAAAAUGAGUAUGUUGGCUUUAUUAAGUGUUCCUAAUAUCUAAAGUUGUAAUUUUCAAAAUUAAGGGAGAUCUGGACAGUUUGGUAUAUAGGAGCACCCCUGACAGUGUGUUUUGCUGUAUUGUUAAUUUCUUUUUGUUUGAAUCAUUAAAUACUUGUGACUGGU